AUGAACUUUACCGCCAACGUCCUCUUGCCAACGUGGAUUCUGCGACCGUACUUUGACUUUUUCACGCGCCACGACGGUAGCAAGGUCGUGUACCAAGAUACGUUUUACCCGAUUGGCGUCUCGGUCUCUCAAAGCGUCCUUGCGACGUCGCAGCUGGACUUGGCCGUCACCGCCAUCACGCACCUCUUUCUUUUCUUGGCCCUCGCUGAUUUUACGACGAGCUUCGUGCUCGUGCCCAAGGCGCUACUGCAGCGCGUGUCGACGCAGCGCGAACACAAGCUGCCGCGCUGGUGCUCGUUCUCGGCCGUCUGUGGGUACAUUGCGAGCGUCCUCUGGGCGAUCGCAGUCCUCGCUGUCAGCUUUUCAUCGCUGCGCCAGCUGCCGUGCGAGCCCGGGUGUCUCGCGCAAACCUACCCCUGGCUCAUGGGCAAGUGUGCAUGCACGGUCCUCGAGACGACCUGCGACGGUGUCAACGACACACUCACACUGCCGCCAAGGGACAGUCUUGAAGUCCGGUCGCUCGUCUUUCUCAUCAUCUCGCACUGUCCGCGGCUGGUCAUGCCACCGUCGCUGCAGGCGUUUACGAAUCUCAUUGGCCUCGAGAUCUUCAAUUCGACGCUCGUCACGUGGGACGAGAGUGCUAGCAUUGCGCCGUUGACGCGCUUCUCGUACGCGAUGAUCGUGAGCACCAACAUGACUGACUUGCCGCUCGGGCUCUUCACGAACGCGCCGUCGACGUUCAUCGACCUCGAGAUUUCGGAUACAAAUUUGCGCCAGAUCUCGCUGCACCCAGAUCUGCUGACGACGCUCACCGUGCUCUACAUCGAGUACGGCCUUCUGGACGCGUUCCCGUACCAGCUCACGAGUCUGCCUCUGCUGAACGAACUUUCGCUCUUCAGCAACAACAUCCCGUCGGUACCCGAAAACCUCUCGCUCCCGAGCCUCAACUACCUCCAGCUCGCCAGCAACCCACUGAGUCAGACGAUCCCAGACGCCGCGUUUGCGCUCCCUGCUCUCUGGGAAAUGUACGUCGACCACUCGAACGUGUCGGCCUUUCCGACCAAUGCGUCGGUCUAUUGCAGCGCGCUCUACGUGAUCGGCGCGUACAACAGCACGUACUGCUUCUUGCGCGACAAUGCAACGUGCGCCGAGACGCCCGACUGCGCGCUCGUCUCGUGCGAAGCCAACGACUACCUGCUUGGCGACGAGUAG